AUGUAUUGGAAGAGUGAUCCGAUGUUCGUCUGCAGGCUGGAGGACAAGGACCUGCCCGCGCUCGGCGGCUCGGCGGAGAAGGUGUGCGGGCGGGGGGCGGCGCGGCCCGGGCGCCUGGUGCAGCUCGGUGGCCCCGGUCGCGGCGGUCCUGGCGGGACCCACAGCCCCGCAGCAGUUGACGAGGACUCCUGCUCUUCCUCCGCUGCCCUGUCGCCCUCUUCAUCGCCGCGGUCCAUGGCCUCAGGCUCGGGCUGCGCCCCCGGCAAGUGCGUGUGCAGCAGCUGCGGCCUGGAGAUUGUGGACAAGUACCUGCUCAAGGUAAAUGACCUCUGCUGGCAUGUGCGCUGCCUCUCAUGUAGCGUUUGCAGAACAUCCCUGGGAAGGCACACCAGCUGCUACAUCAAAGAUAAAGAUAUCUUUUGCAAACUUGAUUAUUUCAGGCGGUACGGAACGCGCUGCUCGCGCUGCGGGCGCCACAUCCACUCCACGGACUGGGUACGGAGGGCCAAGGGGAACGUCUAUCACCUGGCGUGCUUCGCCUGCUUCUCCUGCAAGAGACAGCUCUCGACGGGAGAGGAGUUCGCUUUGGUUGAGGAGAAAGUCCUUUGCAGAGUACAUUACGACUGCAUGUUGGACAACCUGAAAAGAGAAGUGGAAAAUGGUAAUGGGAUUAGUGUGGAAGGAGCAUUACUAACAGAACAAGAUGUUAAUCAUCCAAAACCAGCGAAAAGAGCUCGGACCAGCUUCACAGCAGAUCAGCUCCAGGUUAUGCAAGCACAAUUUGCUCAGGACAACAAUCCAGAUGCACAAACACUUCAGAAACUGGCAGAAAGAACAGGCUUGAGCAGGCGUGUUAUACAGGUGUGGUUUCAGAAUUGCAGAGCACGCCAUAAGAAACAUGUUAGUCCUAAUCAUUCAUCUACUGCUCCUGUCACAGCAGUUCAGCCCUCCAGGUUGUCUCCACCCAUGUUAGAAGAAAUGGCAUACUCUGCAUAUGUACCCCAGGAUGGGACUAUGCUCACUGCUCUGCAUAGCUACAUGGAUGCUCAUUCACCUACAGCUCUUGGACUUCAGCCUUUGUUACCCCAUUCAAUGACACAACUACCACUAAGUCACACCUAA